CAGAAGACUUGAGCAGGCUAAAAAGUAGGGGGCAGGGAGGAUGUGAGAGAUGUGGGACGCUGAAGCAGAGGGCCUAGGACCCAACCGCAUCAGGCUGGUGGAUCUGGUCCUGGUUCCGCCCCCCAGAUUCACUCCCUAGGUGUGUUUGUUUACUGGUCCCUCCCUGUCUCGCUCAGAUGCUCCAACUCUCGGGAUCUCGAGGUGCAGAUCACAUUCUUCCAGACUCCUGAGCCCUGGGUCCAGCCAUGGACACCUCCAGCAUCUGCCUGUGUAUCCUGUUCCUCUGUGGGGCACUGGGUCUCACCAGGCCCCCCACCCGUGGACGGCUUCACUGUUACACCUGCAGCUUUGCCAAACCCUGCUACCCUGUUCCCACCGAGUGUCAGGAUGAUGAAGUUUGUGGCAUCAGUAUUGGCACCUCAGAGAAUGAGAUCAUUGAGCGGAAAGGCUGCCUCCCAAGAGCCCAGUGCCCUCUGCAGGGCCAUGCUACCUACUGGUCACGCUCCUACACUUUGCAGCACCACUGCUGUGAGCAGAACCUGUGCAACACAGCCACCGCGCUGCAGCGGCUCCCCAGUGCCCUCCUCACUGCCCUGCUCCUCCUCGUGGCCAGCUUCACAUGGGGAGCCCACUUCCUCCACUAGCCUCAAGCCAGGAUUCCCCUACCAUCACCACCACCCUGGAAACACCUCAUCUGAGAUAUGCCCAAGAACCCGAUCCUGAAAAGACCUCAGAUCUCUGGCCCAAUACCUUCCUAGACACCUCCCAAGGCCUGAUUCCUAAAGGUACUGCUCUAACCCCUAUUGGCACCUGCCCAGAGCCCAGCCUCAUAAAGAACACCUGUUCUAUGCCUUUUGUCUUUUCUAGAUGCCUGUUGCUGAUGCCCUAUCUCAGCUCCAGGUCUUGGAAAGAUUUGCUAGGAAAGAUUAAUUUGGCAGGUUAGGAACCCAAGAAGGAGCUUCAUGGGGAAUUAUGAGUAAAUUUAAUAAAAGUGCUCUUUGUGAGUCUAGGAUACUGU